CUGAUCCGGGGGAGGGGGCGGUGGCUCAUUUCAGGACCAGGCUGGCCGCGGACAGCAGCGGCGGCUCAGGCUCGGCGACUCUCCGCUUCUCCCCCCGCGGGCUCCGCUUCAGCGCUGGGGGACGGCGGGUCCCUGCGCCUGUGCGUGUCUCUCCCCGCCGGGCGCCCUCCGCGGCGCAGGCUGAGCCAGCCCCGAGCGGCGCGGACGGGGCGGUGAGGGGCGCGCCUCCCUCGCCCGGGGACCGUGGGGAGGAAGAGGGAGAGAGGACGGAGCGAGAAGGGGGCGCAGCUUCCAGCCCGCUUUCCCUGGGUGGUUCAUGUUUUUAUCAGUGACAAGAUGACGAUUCAUAUUUUUACCAAAGGACCCAGUGAGUCAUCUUAUUAACUCUACUGAAGUACAUGAUUGGCAAUAUUCCUACCACAUUAACCAACUGACUUCACAAUGACUGAGGAUUUAGAUCACAGAUUCAGUAGUCUCACUUGGGAUCAGAUAAAAAUACUGGAUCAAGUAUUAACUGAGGUAAUACCCAUUCAUGGAAGAGGAAAUUUUCCAACACUAGAGGUAAAGCCAAAGGAUAUCAUUCAUGUCGUAAAGGAGCAGCUUACUGAGAAGCAAAUCACUGUUAGAGACAUCCGCCUGAAUGGUUCAACAGCUAGUCACAUCCUUGUGAAACAGAAUGGAACUAGCUACAAAGACCUGGACAUCAUUUUUGGUGUUGAACUACCAAGUGAACAAGAAUUUCAGGUUGUUAAGGAGGCAGUUCUGAAUUGCCUACUGGACUUUUUACCAAAAUGUGUCAAUAAAGAAAAGAUCACUGCUCAGACUAUGAAGGAUGCAUAUGUGCAAAAGAUGGUCAAAGUGUCCACUGAUCAUGACCGCUGGAGCCUCAUCUCAUUGUCAAACAACAGUGGGAAGAAUGUAGAACUAAAAUUUGUAAACUCACUCAGACGACAGUUUGAAUUUAGCGUUGACUCCUUUCAAAUAAUACUGGACUCCAUGUUAAAUGUUUACAGUGAUACGGAAUGUGAAUUGAGAGAAGACUUACAUCCCACCAUUAUUGCAGAGAGCAUGUAUGGAGACUUCAAUGAGGCAAUGGACCAUUUAAAAUACAAACUUAUUUCCACAAGGAACCCUGAAGAAAUCAGAGGUGGAGGCCUUCUGAAAUACAGCAACCUUCUGGUUCGUGACUUUAAGCCAGCAGAUGAGGCUGAAAUUAAAUCUUUAGAACGUUAUAUGUGUUCCAGAUUCUUCAUUGAUUUUCCUGAUGUGGCUGAGCAGCAAAGGAAAAUUGAGUCAUAUUUGCGCAACCAUUUCAUUGGGGAAGAAAAGAGCAAGUAUGACUACCUGAUGACUCUGCGUGGAGUUGUAAAUGAGAGCACAGUCUGUCUCAUGGGACAUGAACGACGACAAACUCUAAACAUGAUUACAAUUCUCGCUUUAAAAGUACUUGGAGAACAAAACAUCAUCCCCAAUGCAGCCAACGUAACAUGCUACUAUCAGCCCGCUCCAUAUAUCAGUGACAGGAACUUCAGCAAUUACUAUGUUGCUCAUGGACAGCCACCUAUCAUCUAUCAGCCAUAUCCAUUUCAUAUACAAAUGCAAAGUGGAAUGGUUUAGUAAAAGUUAGCCUCUUCACUGCCCACCCCGCUCCCGCACUUGUCCAAAAUAAAGGCCUCGUUACAGCAAGUAUUACAUCACUCAAUUUCAUUUUUUGUGCAGAUUGCCAAUGGUCUUUGAUCAGUCAGGGCUGAAACCAUCAGUAAGCACAUCAUGAAAUAAUUUAUGUAUAUGUAAAAUCACUGGCCAUUAUUCAACAAGUUCAUGAUGACCGUCAUAUGUUCUUAAAGCAGAUAUACUCUGUGACUGAGCUGUCUAUCCCUUUUGGCCAAAAAGAGAAAGAUAUUAACAAUUCUAAUUGUACAAAGUGCCAUGCACAAUUGUUCUAGGUUCUAAACCAUUCAUUAGCAUAACUUAAAUAGUGCAGCUGGAAAAAAUAUGCCACUAAGAUACAGAACUUAAAGUUGUUCAGUAGAAACACCUGAUUUAAAGAUGAUAGAUUUAGAAAACAUUGAUAUUAUGGAUAUAUUGAACCUACAGGGCCAAAUUUGUUCCUCAGUUUCACUCAUAUAACUCUGCUAAAGUCUAUUUUGCAAUGCAGACUGUAAAAUCGUUUUUGGAAUUUGCAUUGAUUGACUGAAAUGAUGAAAUACCCUCAUAGGUUAAGUGUUUCUCUAUGGGCUUCAUUCUGCAAGAUGUUGAACACUUCUCAUUAAGGGCAUUAGCAGUUGAGGUCCUUCACCAGAGUGCUCAGCACCUUGCAGGAUCAAUCCAAAUUGCAGCCCUAUCCUGUAUUUCUUGUGCACCCGUUGAUUUCAGUAGGAAAUUUGAGUGUACAUGUAAUGCAGCAUUGGGCCCUGAGUCUGAACUACAGAUACCGAAGAUUGUAUAAGGUGAUUUAAUUAUUCUGCACAGUUAGUUAUGAAAAGUAUAUUAAAAGCAUGAGGAAGAAAUUGAACAUUCAGCAUGUGGAAGCUUUUUUUCUAUACAUAUUUGAUACUGACCAGGGAAAAAAAAGUAAACAUAAAUAUAGAGCGUAUGGUAAUAAUGAAAACAAACAAACAAAACCCCACCAGAACAGUACUGUCAUUUUGAAGUGAUUUUAAAAAAGUGUUCUUAGUUCUUGCAUUUGAUAUGACAUUUUAUACUAGAAAUGUCCUGUAUACAUAUAGAUGUGCGUGCACAUAUACUAAUAGCAAAUUAAAAUCUCGUUCAUGAUCAGGAACUAAAACAUUAGUUGCAAGUUUUUGUGUGUGUGUUUACCAAAGAUAAGUUUUAAACAUGUCACUUAAGUGCCUCCUAGCACCAAUUGUUCCAUGAAAGCUGUAAUGCAUUCUAGAAUUGGUCAUGCUGGAUAGCUCCUGAAAAAAAAGAAAGAAAUAAUAAAGAAAAUAAAGAAAAUUUAAAUUUCUAUCUAUCUAUCUUCCAUAUAUAUAUAUGGAAAGCUGAAACAUAUGCUGUUGGAACUCCACCCGUGGGUUAUAUAAUGUAUCGUAUACUUACAAUGGGUCUGAUCCUGCACCAGUGAGGUAAAUGGGAGUUUUGCCAUUCACUUCAUGGUGCGCAGGAUUGGGGCUAAUUAACCUGAUCCUGUUCCCAGUGAAACUAACUGAAUUUUGCCAAUGACUCAAGUGGAAGCAGGAGCAGGAAUUGAAAAAAAAAAUCACUAAUUACAAAAACAUUUAGAGUGGAUACUGUUACAAAGUUAACGCUGUUAGUCAACAUCAGGUUUUCUUAUUUCUGAUGCUUCAUAUGUCACUCCACCGUAUCAAGAGCUCAUGAUGUUACAGGAUGUAGCAUCAUUUCACAUCAUGCCACGUUGGCUGACCAUUAUAUUUUAAAGUGUUGACUAUAUUUUACUUGUAUACAGACAACUCCCAGGUCUUAGAAAAAUAUCUCCUGUGUGCAAAAUGUUUGAUUUAUUUUACACAGAAAUAUGCUACGUAUUGGUAUGUUAACUCAAACAUUUCCAAGUUUAUAUUUUCUAAAAUCUAUAAUCAUUUGCUUGCCAAUGAAAUGUAACUCUGCUUACUGACACUAAAAUGUCUGUAAAGUAGAACAUAAACAGCUGUUUUUUAAACAAGAUUUUGCUGAAUCUCAGCACUUGGGCUAGCCUCUUUCUGUAUAAUGUAGAGCAAUAUAAAAACUACUCAAUAAUAUGGAAUGAUACGUGUGAAAUGAUCAUGCAAAGGAAGAAGGGUGCAAUAAUCCACUUAGAGGCAAAUUAAUCAUGUGAUCUCCAUCAUGAAUACAUUAUCUGUUUCUUUUCUUGAUUUAUCAAAUAUGCCCUGUUGCUUGUCUCAGGGCGCAUUUCAUUUCACUUCCCCCACUAUGCUCAUAGAUUUCUUAUCCCGUCACUUGUGUAAACUGUACUUAAUAAAAUUGGCAAUUUAAAUUUCUAUCUUAUUGUAUUUGGUAAGGCUAUAUGGCACUUAAGCACUUCCAGAAAAUUUCCCCCAGUAAAACACCAGGUAAUCCACAUUCUGGUGUAGUAAAUUUUUAUUGAUUCCGCUAGAUAAAAUAUUGAAUCUGUAAUUUUAUUCUGCUUUUCACCAAAAUAAACAGCACCAUAUAACCCCAUGUAAACUCAUUUAGACAUGACCCUGAUAAUACUUAUGGUCAGGCUUUAACUUUCAGCACAUUUAUAGUGUCAUUAACUUCAGUGUGACCACUCACAAGGGUAAUGUUAGGCACAGCUGGGAUUUUCAAAGUCGAAAAGAGUUAGCCAUGUAAAUCGCAUGGAAUUUCAAUGGGAGUUGGACCCCUUUCCUUGGGUUCUUCUGAAAUAUCAGUCCACAUGUGUAGGUGAUUGCAGGACUGGGGGUCUUAGCAUGAUAAUGUUACACUAACUUAUCAAGAAACCCUCAAACCUCCUUGGCCGUUACGAGAAUUUUGUGGAGAAAUGUUGUGACCUUCUGAAGAACCAGAAAAAAGGUCUGCCAAGAAGGAGAGGUUUCUUACAGCCCAUGCAAACCCAACCCACCAUUAACUGGGGAAACAUUUCAGACUGUUAGCAGUUUUUACUAACAAGCAGAUGCAUCAUAAAUGUGACGUCUGUGUCUAGUAGGAUUAUAAUACUUAUUUGAGUAGUGGAGAUCUCAUUGUGAAAAGUACAGCCUAUAAUGAAAUAGCUGAGGAUGUGCAUAAAGCAAUCACAUAACAACGGCUCAGAUUUAUUUUUUUUAAUUCUGACACAUUUCUGUUUAUAAAUUCAUCCAGAUUAUAAAAUGAGUUCCUGAACCAAAGCCUAUUCAAAUUAAUGGCAUUAGUUAAAUUGACUUCAGUGGGCUUUGUUUCAGGCUCCAAGAGAACAUAAAGGACGUACUAUAGUACUUACAGGUAAAUGUACAAAGACACCAAUAUGCAAAAAUGUCUCAGGUAUAAUUAAUCCCUUUUAAUUUAUUGAAAAGGUCUUGUAUUUCUUACCUAGAGGUAGUCUUUCAAUUUUGGAGGUUAUUGGAGGGUAAUAAUUUGAUAUAUACACACGCACACAAUUACAAAAUGUAACUUUUUAAACAUUUCAUUGAAUAAAUUACAUUGAUAUUUAGCAGCGGUAUGGACCUGGAGAUUUUUUUAAAGGUAGUACUGAUUCUGUAAAUUAAUUUAAAACAGGGAUGUGAUAUUUUUAGACUGCUGCUUGCAAAACGUUGACAUCAACCUGAAAGAUACUAUACUGUAACUUCUUCUCCAGUUAUUAUCUAUUUUACAAUGUGCACAUAAAAAUCUCUACAGAGUUAAUUCUAAGAGACUUUUUUCAGUACCAGUAUCCUGAGCUACAUGUUUACAUUAUUUCUUGUUACAAUGUUGCAAUCUGUUUAAUAAUUAUAAUGAUGACUGGAAAUUGUAAUGCUGAUUUUAUUUAAUCAUACUAAAAACUUCUCAAAGUUUACAGCUUCAAGUAACCUAAUGUCAGCACAUAAGUGUAAAGGUUUUAAGUGCUUUCUUAAAAAAUGUCAUUUGAAUUUUGUGUUAAAUUGUAAAAGGUCCAUUUGAAGCAUAUAUGUUCUGGUAUUUUGUUUAAAUUGUAAUUUGUGAGCUUUAUGCUCAACACAUUACAAGGUUUUUUGUGAUGGAUAAAAAGGUGUGAAAUUGUUCUCUGUUAUGAUGUUAUGUUGUCUGUUGUGUUACAUUGAUCCUACAAAUGUGUAAAAAGUAAAACUAAUUGGCCUGAUUUGCCACUGAAUUAUUCCAAGUUCACACGUGUGUAAAUCUAUUGACAUCAGUGGAGAUGGGGUGGCAGAAUCAGGGGGGAAGGGGACUAGCUCCCAUAUAAACUCGUACCUACCCAGGGAGGUGGUGAGCAGAGGUGACAGCAGCACCCCAGAGGGGCUGGAGCAGCUGCCACUGUGCCUGCAAUUGUGCUGGGGGGCAGGGAAUGGGACCCAGAGGGGCUGGAAUGGGAUUGUCGUUCCCAGCCUGGUCUAAGAUUCCCUCCCCUACCAUUCUCAGUAUCUCCCCACGCUCCCCCUCCUAGCUCUCCACAAACACAUACCCUCCAUUUACAGGAAGCUUCUGCCCCUGCUGAAUGGAGUUACACCAACACAUAACUGGAGUAACACACUGGUGAAUCAGGCACAUUUGUAUAUAGAAAUAUUCCUGAGAAAAGAACAGCAAAAACAGUUUAGGCAGAUCAAUGCGCCCAGAAUUCCUACAGAUGAUUUCUUGUUUGGUCAGUGUGUUUUUCUACUAAUAGAUUAGUAUCCAGAAACAAACUGUUACAGUGAGGAAGUAUUUCAUGUAAUGUGCCAUCUGAAGUUGUUGAAAAACUAUUGUAAUACUAAAAAUUUGUACUAAUCACACAGAUUUGUAGGUUAUGAGUCCACGGUGUUGAUGAGUGCCUUUGGGUAUCAGGGGAAAGAGCAUUAAAAACAACCUUCUGUUUAUUCUA